AUGGUUGAGAGAUCUAUGGAUCAAGUCUUUAAUCUUUUUCCUCUCUUUCUACAGGUCCUUCAGAAGCUUGGGAAAGCAGACGAAACAAAAGAUGAGCAGUUUGAACAGUGUGUGCAGAACUUCAACAAGCAGCUGUCUGAAGGCACAAGGCUGCAGAAGGAUCUCCGAACUUACUUGGCUUCUGUAAAAGCUAUGCAUGAAGCCUCCAAGAAGCUGACGGAGUGUUUGCAGGAAGUUUAUGAGCCGGACUGGCCUGGGAGAGAUGACACAAAUAAAAUAGCAGAGAACAAUGAUCUCCUCUGGACAGAUUUCCAUCAGAAACUGGUGGAUCAGGCACUUCUGACCAUGGAUACGUAUCUUGGCCAAUUCCCAGAUAUCAAAUCUCGCAUAGCAAAGCGAGGAAGGAAGCUUGUGGAUUAUGACAGUGCCAGACACCACUUUGAAGCCCUGCAAACUGCAAAGAAGAAGGAUGAAACCAAAAUUGCAAAGCCUGUUUCGCUGCUUGAGAAAGCUGCGCCUCAGUGGUGUCAAGGGAAGCUACAAGCUCACCUCGUUGCGCAAACUAAUCUGCUCCGAAAUCAGGCUGAAGAAGAGUUAGUAAAGGCUCAGAAGGUGUUUGAAGAAAUGAACAUUGAUCUGCAGGAGGAGCUGCCUUCACUAUGGAAUAGUCGUGUUGGUUUCUACGUCAACACAUUCCAGAGUAUAGCAGGCCUAGAAGAAAACUUCCACAAAGAGAUGAGCAAGUUGAACCAAAAUCUCCAUGAUGUCCUGCUGGGUCUAGACAAGCAGUACUCAGGCAAUGCCUUUCCCAUUAAAGCACAGCCCAGAAAGAAAACUAAACUGUUCGCCAGGCUGAGGAAAAAGAUGAGCAGGUACCGGUACGGAGAGCAGCAUUUCAAUAUGUGUUUGAUUUAGUUCCUAAAACUGGAG